CCCAGUAGCCACUGACACCGCUGGCUGUUGUAAUGUUAGUAAGCCAAGCUGGGACGGACUGCCGUGGGACGGCGGUGGCUUGCAUUACUGUUGCUAAAGCAUUUGGAUAAGGCUUGGGUGUCAUUAUGCGGCGGGGCGAGCAUGUUCCACGGGCUUUCCAGGCCCCGGUGGAUGUCCAUGCCAGCGCAGAUGGCCAUGUGUAUAUGUUCAAGAGGAGGCCAAAUGAGUCAGCCAUAUCCUCAGAUGAUGAGGAGCUCAGUGUCAUGGAGAUGAGGCCGCGGGUUUUCCUGGAGCAGGAGCAGGACAGACUGAGAAACGUACAGCUGCUGGAGCGGAAGGUGUUAGAAGGUGACAAUCUUAACAAGCUUGCACUACAAUAUGGGUGUAAGGUGGCCGAUAUAAAGCGGGUGAACAACCUUAUGCAAGAGCAAGAUUUAUUUGCACUGACAUCUAUCAAAAUACCAGUUCAGAAACACAGCUUUUUAACUGAGACUUACACAGACCCAAGUGACCUUCAAGAAGAGAUGCCACAUUCAUCCACCACACCAGUCAGGCCUCAGGACAGAGCCAGAUCCCAACCACAUCUACAGGAGGUCACAGACUUUCUAAUCGAGGUGGAUAAUGACAUUGAGAAACUAAUUCAGACUACGAAUGAUCAAGAUGAGGAUUUCUUGGAUAACUCAGAAAAAGAGCAAAGGUUUGGUUUCAGACGACGGGGCCUGACCAGUCACGGUGCAGACUGGGGAAUCCAAUGGUGGAACGCUGUAGUCGCCAUGCUCCUGAUAGGCAUUGUCCUGCCAUUAUUUUAUGUAAUUUAUUUCAAAACAAAAGAUAAUGGAGCAGUUUCACCAACAGAUGGUAGUGGUGCUUUACAGUCAUCCAUCAAAUCUUCAAAUGACUCAGGGAUGGACCUCAGCUUAAUGAGGCCUGAGGAUUUUCAAGAACCGGGAUAGUCCAGACUUGAGUCUUAGAAAACCAGAAUCAUUUUAAGAUUGUUGGGUUAGACCUCAGAAGAAUGUGACAAUCAAGAUAAAGCCAAAUCUCUUAAAGGUUUAACUCCGUGCAAUAUCACCGUGUCUGGUUUAUACCAGUGACAUUUACGUUUUAUUUUACCAUAACUGUGAUGAUUGAUGCAGAUACUUCAGUGGUUGCACUGAAGUGAAGUAGCUGCACGCUGUUCUCAUUUUUGUGACAAUGUAGUUGAACAGUAUUUCAUCAAACAGCUUUCGUAGAGAACAGUUUUCUGAAGUAUUAUUCUUGGGACUGUGUUUCCCUGAUUGUUUUUGAAAAACUCUUGAUAUUUGCUGGGAUCACAGUUCCUCAGGUGUUUUACUAAAUCUGAGGUAUUAAGUGGUUGUGUCAUAUGAAAUCCUCACAUGAAUCAAGCUGAAAAAUGAGUGCAAAUGGAAAACUUUGUGUCUGGAGUAAAAAAUCCACACUGUAGGUAUUUCUGUUUAGGCUUUAGCACAAGCUGCCUUCCCACCACUGCCUGUUGUCAAUAUCAACACAUAAAGUGUCAUCAUAUCAGUGUCGCGUAUCAGGUGUAAAUCAGAUGUCUGUCAUGGUACAACAAUAUAUUUUUAAACUCUAAGCCCAAAACUGGAAGAGAUAUAUUGUGUUUCUCUGUUGCCAAAGCUGAGUGAGGUUACACUGUAUUUGACAUGGGUUUGAGCGUUAUUUGUGUGCCUUUUUUGAUCUAACUUAUUUUUUUGUGUCUAUGUGUUCAGUGUUUAGUUAUUGCCGUGCACCUCAUGCCUUGUCUCCGGAUCUGACAAUGCCAAAAACGUGAAUUGUGUUUACAGUAACAAUGUGGUGCAAUAUACUUUAUCUUUUUGGGUUGUAUGAGUUCAUUUGACACCUUGCAAUCUUUAAAAUUCAAGGUGUUGCAUUUAGAAAAUUACAUUUACUCAUCUACAAUGUCCCUGAAGUGUGAGAUUUAGAAAAGUGCCUUAAACCUUUAUAGUUAAGUUUGUAUGGUAUUGCACACACUCCCAUCUUGCAUUGUUUGAUGGGUAGUUGAGUCCACCAUGAACAGGUGUGGAUUUGUCAUGGCUUGUCCAGUGCACUUUUUAAAGUCUGAAGUACUCUAAUUUUAUUGACAUAUUUCUAAAAAGUUAAGUUAUAUUUUGGAUGGAAGAGUGGACAUGAUGAAUGUCUGAAUCUUUUUAUUCAGCAGGUGUCUAGUUAAUACAAACAUUCAGUUUACAGCAACAGCACCACAAGCUGUAGCCUCCAAAGUGAACAUACAAUUAAAUCAACACAAUUUCAACACAAAAUGAACAUAAUCGUCAUGAAUGGAGGAUUUAUUGCAGGACUGUUGUAUUAGAUUGCAUUACUUUUAGC